GGAACGGCCGGGCUGGCUGCGGAAGGGGAGGGGGGGGAGGAGGCGAUUGGAUGCGGCGGCGGCGGCGGAUCCCGGAGACCAGCGGAGUGAGAGGAGUAGGGAGUCGGGCCCCCGGAGGGGUAAAUAUAUGUCCAUCAUGGCUCAUUCAAAGACGAGGACCAAUGAUGGAAAAAUUACCUACCCUCCUGGUGUCAAGGAAAUCUCAGAUAAAAUAUCUAAAGAGGAGAUGGUGAGACGGCUAAAGAUGGUUGUCAAAACGUUCAUGGACAUGGACCAGGACUCGGAAGAAGAAAAGGAACUUUAUCUAAACCUGGCUUUACAUCUUGCUUCAGACUUCUUCCUCAAGCACCCGGACAAAGACGUCCGCCUGCUGGUGGCCUGCUGCCUCGCGGACAUCUUCCGGAUCUACGCCCCCGAGGCUCCGUACACGUCCCCCGACAAACUGAAGGACAUAUUCAUGUUCAUCACGCGGCAGCUGAAGGGGCUCGAGGACACGAAGAGCCCGCAGUUCAAUCGGUACUUCUACUUGCUCGAGAACAUUGCCUGGGUCAAGUCAUAUAACAUAUGCUUUGAGUUGGAAGAUAGCAAUGAAAUUUUUACACAGUUAUACAGAACAUUAUUUUCAGUUAUAAACAAUGGCCACAAUCAGAAAGUUCAUAUGCACAUGGUAGACCUUAUGAGUUCUAUUAUUUGUGAGGGUGAUACAGUAUCUCAGGAGCUUUUGGAUACAGUUUUGGUAAAUCUGGUACCUGCCCAUAAGAACUUAAACAAGCAAGCAUAUGAUUUGGCAAAGGCUUUACUGAAGAGGACAGCGCAAGCUAUUGAACCAUAUAUUACCAAUUUUUUUAACCAGGUUCUGAUGCUGGGGAAGACAUCCAUCAGCGACCUGUCGGAGCACGUCUUCGACUUGAUCCUGGAGCUCUAUAACAUUGACAGUCACCUGCUGCUCUCCGUGCUACCCCAGCUGGAGUUUAAACUAAAGAGCAACGACAACGAGGAGCGGCUGCAGGUGGUCAGGCUGCUGGCGAAGAUGUUCGGGGCGAAGGACUCGGAACUGGCUUCUCAAAACAAGCCCCUCUGGCAGUGUUACUUGGGCAGGUUUAAUGACAUUCACGUACCAAUACGCCUGGAAUGUGUGAAAUUUGCUAGCCACUGUCUCAUGAACCAUCCUGAUUUAGCAAAGGACUUAACAGAGUAUCUCAAAGUGAGAUCGCACGACCCUGAGGAGGCUAUUAGACACGAUGUCAUUGUGUCUAUAGUCACAGCUGCUAAGAAGGAUAUUCUUCUGGUCAACGACCACCUGCUGAACUUCGUGCGAGAGAGGACUUUAGACAAACGGUGGAGAGUGCGCAAAGAAGCCAUGAUGGGCCUCGCCCAGAUUUAUAAGAAGUACGCUCUGCAGUCAGCGGCUGGGAAGGAUGCUGCGAAACAGAUUUCCUGGAUCAAGGACAAAUUGCUGCACAUAUAUUAUCAAAAUAGUAUUGAUGAUCGAUUGCUCGUGGAGCGGAUCUUCGCCCAGUACAUGGUCCCCCAUAACUUGGAGACUGCGGAGCGGAUGAAGUGCUUGUACUACCUGUACGCCACGCUGGACCUAAACGCUGUGAAAGCAUUGAAUGAAAUGUGGAAAUGUCAAAAUCUGCUCAGACACCAAGUAAAGGAUUUGCUUGACUUAAUUAAGCAACCCAAAACGGAUGCCAGUGUCAAGGCCAUAUUUUCAAAAGUGAUGGUUAUUACAAGAAAUUUGCCAGAUCCCGGUAAGGCUCAGGAUUUCAUGAAGAAAUUCACACAGGUGUUGGAAGAUGACGAGAAAAUAAGAAAACAGUUGGAAGUGCUUGUCAGUCCGACGUGCUCCUGCAGACAGGCUGAGGGCUGUGUGCGUGAAAUUACUAAGAAGUUGGGCAACCCCAAACAGCCUACAAAUCCUUUCCUGGAAAUGAUCAAGUUUCUCUUGGAGAGGAUAGCUCCUGUGCACAUAGAUACUGAAUCGAUCAGUGCCCUCAUUAAGCAAGUGAACAAAUCGAUUGACGGGACGGCGGACGACGAAGACGAGGGCGUGCCGACCGACCAGGCCAUCAGGGCAGGCCUCGAACUGCUGAAGGUGCUCUCAUUUACGCACCCCAUCUCGUUUCAUUCUGCGGAGACAUUUGAGUCCCUCCUGGCUUGUUUGAAAAUGGACGAUGAGAAAGUAGCAGAAGCUGCACUCCAGAUCUUCAAAAACACAGGAAGCAAAAUUGAAGAGGAUUUCCCACACAUCAGAUCAGCUUUGCUUCCUGUUUUACACCACAAGUCUAAAAAAGGACCCCCCCGUCAAGCCAAAUAUGCUAUUCAUUGUAUCCAUGCAAUAUUUUCCAGUAAAGAGACCCAGUUUGCACAGAUAUUUGAGCCUCUGCAUAAGAGCCUGGACCCAAGCAACCUGGAGCACCUCAUAACGCCGCUGGUCACUAUCGGCCACAUCGCCCUCCUCGCCCCCGACCAGUUUGCUGCUCCUCUGAAGUCCUUGGUAGCUACUUUCAUCGUGAAAGACCUUCUCAUGAAUGAUCGGCUUCCAGGAAAGAAGACAACUAAGCUUUGGGUUCCAGAUGAAGAAGUUUCUCCUGAGACAAUGGUUAAGAUUCAGGCUAUUAAAAUGAUGGUUCGGUGGCUGCUGGGCAUGAAGAACAAUCACAGUAAAUCGGGAACCUCCACCUUGCGGCUGCUGACGACCAUCCUGCACAGCGACGGGGACCUGACGGAGCAGGGCAGGAUCAGCAAACCAGACAUGUCCCGCCUGAGGCUGGCUGCGGGGAGCGCCAUUGUGAAGCUGGCCCAGGAGCCCUGUUACCACGAGAUCAUCACGCUGGAGCAGUACCAGCUCUGCGCGCUGGCCAUCAACGAUGAAUGCUACCAGGUGCGGCAGGUGUUCGCGCAGAAGCUCCACAAAGGCCUUUCCCGCUUGCGGCUCCCCCUGGAGUACAUGGCCAUCUGUGCCCUCUGCGCGAAGGACCCCGUGAAGGAGAGGCGCGCGCACGCGCGGCAGUGCCUGGUGAAGAACAUCAACGUGCGCCGCGAGUACCUGAAGCAGCACGCCGCCGUCAGUGAAAAAUUAUUGUCUCUUCUACCAGAGUAUGUUGUUCCAUAUACAAUUCACCUUUUGGCACAUGACCCAGAUUAUGUCAAAGUACAGGAUAUUGAACAACUUAAAGAUGUUAAAGAAUGUCUUUGGUUUGUUCUAGAAAUAUUAAUGGCUAAAAAUGAAAAUAACAGUCAUGCAUUUAUCAGAAAGAUGGUAGAAAAUAUUAAACAAACAAAAGAUGCCCAAGGACCAGAUGACGCAAAAAUGAAUGAAAAACUGUACACCGUCUGCGACGUCGCCAUGAACAUCAUCAUGUCCAAGAGCACCACGUACAGCUUGGAGUCCCCCAAGGACCCCGUGCUGCCAGCCCGCUUUUUCACCCAGCCGGACAAGAACUUCAGUAAUACCAAAAAUUAUCUGCCUCCGGAAAUGAAAUCGUUUUUUACUCCUGGAAAACCGAAAACGACCAACGUCCUGGGGGCUGUGAACAAACCACUCUCCUCGGCGGGCAAACAGUCUCAGACCAAGUCGUCGCGCAUGGAGACCGUCAGCAACGCCAGCAGCAGCUCCAACCCAAGCUCCCCCGGAAGGAUAAAAGGGAGGCUUGACAGUUCUGAAAUGGAUCACAGUGAAAAUGAAGAUUACACGAUGUCGUCACCUUUGCCGGGGAAGAAGAGUGACAAGAGAGACGACUCUGACCUUGUAAGGCCCGAACUGGACAAGCCCAGAGGCCGGAAGAAGGCGCCCGCCGCCGACCCGGAGGAGAAGCUGGGCCUGGACGAGCUGGCCAAGCUGGCGCAGGAGCCGAGGCCCAAGGGCGGGCCGCGGGGGCGGAAGCGGGGCCCCGCGGCCUCCGAGUCCGACGAGCAGCAGUGGCCCGAGGAGAAGAGGCUCAAAGAAGACCUGUUGGAAAACGAGGACGAGCAGAACAGUCCACCAAAGAAAGGCAAAAGAGGCCGACCGCCAAAACCUCCUGGCGGGGGAGGCGCAGCCAAAGAAGAGCCAGCGGUGAAAGCUUCUAAAAAAGGAAGCAAAAAAAAGUCCGGACCUUCGGUAGCGGAGGAAGAGGAGGAGGAGGAGAGGCAAAGUGCAAACACGGACCCGAAGUCGAAAAGCAAGCAGCACCGGCCGUCGCGCAGGGCUCAGCAGAGCCGUGCGGGGCGCUCCAAACAGGCGGCUGCCAAAGAGAACGACUCCAGUGAAGAGGUGGACGUGUUUCAGGGCAGCCCCCCCGCCCGCGAGGAGGUUCCGCCGGAGGAGGCGGAGGAGGAGGAGGUCUCCCCAGUACGACGGCGAAGCUCCAAGAGAGAGAGGCGAUGAGCACACGUGAUCAGUCUUCCCCCUGCGGACGCUGUAAGAAGUCACGUCUUGUCGAGCUUGAGGCUGCGGAAAGCCUUCCCUGCACACACCGGGCCUGAGGGGGCGGGACAGUCGUCGGACCUUCGUCUGCUGGCCUCGCACGCUGCGGUCACACGCUCGGCCAUGUGCGUGCUGGUGACCUUGACUGUGGAGUGUCAUGAAGGUGUAAUUUGUGAUGGCUGUGUAGAAAUAAACUAAAGAAGAACCUUGUAAAUAUACUUUUCUUUUUUUUUUUUUUUUUUAAUGUUUCUGACUUCUGAAGUGCUUGUAUAGCUUUUAUCCGUGGCUUUAAACUGACGGUGCCCAGCUGUUUCUCGGAUCUGUGGACUCCGAGAGCGUUCGCUAGGGUAGACCUUCAGCAGUCCUCUGUCAGUGUUCGUAUUUGUACACUCUGCAGUUUUACUGUGAAGAACUUUUUGUCCGACCAGUGGUGUCAUUUCUCGAUGUCACCGUUUGUUGGAGAGUUAAAUGGUCUCUGUCCCUUGUGUAUCUCACCCAGUGCUUACUCCCGGGCGCCCCUGACCUCCAGAGGUGCUAGCCCACCUGCAUCACACCUGCCAGACGCCUCGGAGGCGGGGGGCCCCCGCGCACGUCACGCCGCCGUCCUGCCGCGGUGGGCGUGUCGACACCUCAGUGUUGGUCCCAGAGUUUUCUGCCUUUCGUGGCAAUGAAAAUUUUAAGAGAGAGAUUUAAAAUAUUUUAAUUUUAAAGAAUGUGUUAUAAAAUAAUGUACUGAAUUCUUUAUUCCAUUUUAUCAUCCCUUUUCAGUUCUUAUUAAUCUACUGUAUCAAUAAAAUUCUGUAAUUUGAAUUAGUUUUUAAUAGUCUAGAAUGUUAUUGUGUAUAGAUAUUUCCUCUCGAACAUGAUGUUCAGAAAAUGCAAAUUAUUACACUAUAAUAUAAAAUCUGAUAUGUACACAUUAGAAAAGUUCCAGUUCUUCAUAAAAAUGUAAAGGUAAUCAGAAAGAAAAAAAUUUAUUGAUGCAGUGUGUCUUUAUAAAGCUGUUCUCGAAAGCAAGUGUUUGUAUUUUAUAUAGUGAGUUGCAUGUUUAUGAAAAAUGCUACAACUGGGAUGUGCUCUUUCUGUAAAUUCUUGUUUGGCCAUAGUAUAUGAUGGAUUGUCCCAUACCAUAGUUUUUCAUCCAGAGUUUAUUACUGUACUUUAUUUUGGAGCCAAAAAGAUUGUUUGGGGAAGGGGGUGGGGGCGCACACCCACCCACCCACCCACGUGAGCUACUCUCGGCGUUGCCCCAGUCCCACAGUCUGGAUGAGAAACUCCACCUCGUCCUGGCUGGGGGAGUGGGGUUUGUUUGCAUUCUGAGAAGACCUUUUUUUUUCCCUUCAUUGUGACUCUGCAAAAUUACUAAAACAAAUUACUUAAGGCAGUAUCCUUUUACAGUUUUAUAAACUGUUAUCUUGAACCAAAACUUACACGUUAUCACUACUCAAUACCUAGCUAAAUUCAUUUGAGUAUUCUGGGUGCUGUUCUUUAUUCAGAGUUAACAUUAGAAAAGAAGGUCAUACUCUAAAUUAUUAAACUUGUGACAUUGAAUAAUGAAACAUUCUCACAUAAUACACCGUUAUGUUUAAGGUAUAUUUCCAAGAUUGAUUAUAAUAGAAGGGGGAUAUAAUAAAGAAACUAUUUUGGGAAAUGACAGUUUACUAUUUUCCGAUGUAUAUCACAAUUGAUGUGAUGAUUAUUUUUUUUUAGAGAUUUCUUCAUGUUUAUGAAACUGCCUUUUAUUUUUGAAAAAUGUUUUGACUUGAGUCCUACUCUCUCGAUACUUGACCCCUCAUUCACAACAGUGACCCAUUCACUGGUGUUGGCGGUCGUGGGGGCUGCUGGUAUCCAGGCAGCUGCUGUCGGACCAAGACACGUGGGCGUGUAAACUUCUCAUCAGCUCAGCUCUCCCAAAUGUGCUGCUUCUGUUUCAGCAGUGCAAAGGCAUGUUUAUAAACCCACAAAAUAAAUAAUGAGGGAUAGCUUUGUAUUUUUGUCAUUGCCUAAAUUGCACCAGAAAUGUUUAUGGAAAUAUAUCUUUAAGACCCUUUUAUAAAACAACAAAAAAAAAUGAUUGUGGAGGAUUUUUAUUUGCAUGAUCAUAGUGAAGCAGAUUUUAUUGUACAUUAAUCCUGUACAUCAGUUCACAAAAACGUUCAUUGUAAAUUCUGUUCAACGCCAAUGAGUCUGUGAUUUUCUAAGGUGUCUGUUCCCUUUUUGGGGAGGAUUAUGAUGUAAAUUUUCCAUUUUUCUGUAGAAAAAUAGGUGCAAUAAUGAUCCAAGUUUUGAUGUCCCGAGUCUUCAUUUUAGGGGAUUAUCUUAUUAUUGUGUUUAAACUUAACGUUUCACGUGCUGACAUUUGGAGAGCCACGUACUAUAGCUGAAGUAAAAUGAAGUAGAUACAAAACAUUGAUUGCUAAGAGUGCUUAGCAAGCUCUUCAGUGACGAUGUUCACUUUGAAACUAUGUAUUGUGUAAACGUGAGGAAAUACGUAGCUCACUGUAACAAGUCCCAUGAUGAAACCCGCGGUCCCCCAUGAGGCCGCCCUGCCGCGGCGCGGCCGGAGGCCGGGCCAGCGGUCUCCGGCGUGCGCACGUGGGGCUGUAAACCCCGCUCCGUGUAUGAAAGGUCAGAGCACUCCCUGUCUCUCCUCACUACCACCUGUAAGUACGGUUUCUGAGGUUCCCUCUCUGCCCACUUGAGAAAUGUCAGAAAUGGAAGGCUUUGUUUAACUUAGGCAUAUUUCCCUUACCAUAUAGUAUUAUGUCACCAUAAUGAACAAUUGGAAUUUAGAUAAAGAACUUACUUUCGGACACAUUUUUGGAUUUUCUCUGAAGUUGAAUAAACAUGAAAGCUACUAUAUAA